UGUCAGCUAUGGAUCUCUCGAGAGUUCUCGUUCAGAGUCGUUGGCAAACUCGCAGCAUAUAAAGACCGUGCAAGAACCACUGCUUCACUUGGUUCUCGCACAAACAACUCAUCCGAACCAAUGGCUCAACAAUAUCUCAAAGGCAAGGUUGCCAUUGUGACUGGUGCCGGAAAGCUCAAUGGCAUUGGCGCACAGUCUGCAAUUGCCCUCGCCGAGCAGGGUGCCAACCUUGCAAUUCACUAUAACAGCUCUGCGGCUCCUGCAGAAGAGGUUGUCACCAAGCUUCGUAGCCUGGGUGUCCAAGCCGUUGCUAUCCAGGCGGAUGCCAGCUCGAUCGACUUUGGAAAGGUGCUUGUUGAUGCUACCUUGAAAGCAUUCAACACUCAAACUAUCGACAUCAUCGUCAACAACGCGGGCACAGCAGUUCUCAACGCCGAAGGGAUCAAGUCAGUUGGCGCGGAAGAUUGGGACCCAGUGUUCCAUGUCAACGUCCGUGCCCCGUUCUUAUUGAUCCAAGCUGCUCUUCCAUACCUGAAAGAAGGUGGACGCAUCAUCAACGUCUCCAGCAUCAUCGCUCGUCUUGGGUCACUGAUGUUGCCGGUCUAUGGUGCUUCCAAGGGCGCUUUGAACGCUCUGACAAUCGCAAUGUCGGAAGAAUUGGGACCAAAAGGCAUCACAAUCAACGUUGUGGCUCCAGGACCAAUCAAGACUGAUCUCAGCAUGGAGGGAUCUCCGAUUGCCGUCAGACUGAGGAACAAUCAGCACAUCAAGCGGGAAGGGACUGCAAGGGAGGUGGCUGAGACAAUCUUGUUCAUUGCAAGCCCGGGUGCUAGCUACAUCACUGGACAACUCAUUGGUGUUGACGGUGGUAUUGGCUUCCCCUAAGAGAUGUAAAGCUUGGUUGGUAGAGAUAAGUUUUCAGUAGUAUGAGACUGCGGCGUGACAAAUAGCAGCCGAAGUACUGAGAAAUUGAGAGCGACUUUAGAACAAGUACACCUGCCUGAACUUUAGUGGCCUUCACUGCGCGUACCUUUCUCUCAUGAUGCCCGAAAAGGCCUUCUUACAAG